AUGGUGAAGAAGGUCGUGGAAAGUAGUGACGAGUCUGACGGCGGCCAUUCGAGUGUUUCCGGCUCCGUGAGCUCCCGAUCAGGUUCUGGAUCAGGCAGCGGUUCCGAUUCAGGCAGUGGCAGUGGCUCUGAUUCAGGCAGUGGGUCGGGAUCUGAGUCCGGGUCGGGGUCGGGAUCUGAGUCUGGAUCCGGAUCGGGAUCCGGGUCGGGAUCUGAGUCGGUUUCUGAUUCGUCCGGCCCCAAGCAGCAACUGAAGAAGCAACUUAAGAAACGACGAAAAGUGUCCACGAGUAAAACAAAAGGGACAAAAAAGACUGGACAAGAGAAAGGAAAGAACCGACGGGACGUGACGACGACACGACGUCGUGGGAAUCUUCAAAUUCGAGAGGAAGAAGAAGACGAGGACGAUGUGGAUGUGUCAGGAUUGACGGAAGUAGAAAAAGAGAAGCGAUUAUUGGAGAAAUACGAGGCAAAAGAACAACGAAAUAAGGAGCGGGAGCUGAAAAAGAGACUUGCAGCGUCGCAGGGAAAAGGUGAGGACGGGUUUUCAGAGGAGGAAGAAGGAGGAGAAGAAGAUGUUUUAUCGUCGACAAGAAGAGGAGGACGAAGCAGAGAAAGUGAUCGACGGAAAGAAGCGUUGCAUAAUUUGAAAGCCAAUAAAUCCAGUGACAAAAGUCGCUCGAUUUUGAGCAAUCGGUUUGGAGAAGAUGAUGAUUCGAAUGAAGAAGGAGGGAGUCGAAGUGGACGAGAUUUAGCAGAGAAAAGACGACGUCGGAGGGAAUUACAACGUGGAGGCACAGGGAGACGUCGAAGUCAUGCAGAUGACGAUGAUGACUACAGUGAUCAAGAUAGUGAUGGACACAGAUCGAAGAAAUCGAAGGCAGCAGAUCUGACGGUCACGAAAACAGCAGAUGAGGACGAGCUUGGGGUAGCGAUUCGUCCGGAGGAAAACGUGCCGAUGAAUUGGAAUCAAGCUAACCACUAUUUGCUUAAGAGAAGAACAUUUUUUGAAAAGAACUUCUUUGAGCCGUUCUUCCCACAACUUGUGCGAGGCGUGUACGUCCGUGUCCCGAUCGAAAUAGUGGAUGGCGAAAUGGUUUAUCGCUUCUGCGAGGUUGUAAACGUUUGUAAGCUGCCGCGUAGUUACAAUUUCUGCGGCGAGCCGACGCAUACUGGCAUUAUUUGUGCAUUUGGAAAGAGCAGGCGUGAGUGGAAACUAAAUGGUAUUUCAGGACAUUCGCUGCGUGAGCGUGAGUUCUUGCUGUGGCGAGCGGCCAUUAACAAAGACCGACUUCACUUUCCUACACACGGCGAGGCAAAGCGCUUGUACUCGAAGAAGCAGAAAAUGAUCACUCAGCAUAAUUACACCGAAACACAGGUGAACGAGAUGGUUCGGCGGAAACAGGCUGUAGGCCUGUCUACUGUGUCCCUUGGCGUGCAGCGAGUGCGUCUGGAACGUGAUCUUCGUGCUGCCCAGGACAUGAAGAACUUUGAGAAAGCUGUGAUGCUCGAGGAGCGGCUGCAGAGGUUAUUGGCGAAGAACGAAGAGCGUAAGAAUCACAACUCGGACGACGUUCUCCGCAUUAACGAGAUCAAUCGUCGAAAUCGUGAGGCUAACAUACAGCAGGACUUGCAUGCCCAGGAACUCAAUGACGCCAUGAACCAGAAAAUGACAAGCGCAGAGCGUCUUCAGUUCGUACGCGCCAAUCAGAUGACUAUGUACAUGUCCCGAGACAAACUUGAGAAAAACUUGGCGGAAGGGAAGCUGAUAAAGCUUCAGGAUGGUCGGGUAAUGACCUCGAAUAAGCUGCAUGCGGUUGAAGCGCUGCCCGAUGAUCUGCUAGAUAAGGUAAAGGGUGUCGGCGAGAAGAAGCAGACUGGAGAUGGUCUGGAAAUUGACAUUGAUAGCCUUUUAGCGAAGCAGCAAGAGCGCAAGCAGAAGGAUGCUGAACGUUCGGCGGCCAAGCGCAAGGAACGUGAGGGUCAGGUUGAGUUUGUGGGCGUCGCUCCCACGAAUGUGCAGGAAAUGGUAAACGCUACUGUUCGUAUUAAGGAUGACGAUGGGUCGUGGAUGACGCUGCGUGCACCCGCCGAGAUUAUGAAAGAGAAACAGAACAAGACUGUCGUGUCGGACAAGGUCAAGGCCUCACGCAAGGGUAUUACUGUGAAGGAGUACUUUGACCGUGUCAAAAAACGUCGCGUGGCUCAGUAA